UUUAGUUCUCGUUAGAUGUAUUUCAAGUACGUUCAAGUCUGUGUCUUUAUUUUGAAUCACAACUAAAAAAAAAUGAAAAUAAUCGUGAUUAUUUCUGCUAUUUGUGUUUGCGUUGGUGCAUUGACACAUGAGGAAUUAAAAUCCGAGAUACAUAUUCUGCAGUCAAUUUGCAAGACAGAAAUUGGUAUUGAUCAACAAAUAAUAGAUGAUAUUAAUGAUGGCAAGAUCAAUAUAGAUGACGAAAAUGUUUUAUUAUUCGUUGAAUGUACGAUGAAAAAAUUUAAUAUUGUUGACGAGAAUGGAAAUUUUAAGGAAAAAGAUACCAGAGAUGUUGUGGGAGCAGUUUUAAAUGAGGAUGAAGUUAAUCAAUUAAUCACCGAAUGUUCACCUAUCUCUGAUACCAAUGUACAUGUAAAAAUUAGUAAGAUAUUACAGUGUUUUGCGAAAUAUAAAACAAUAAAUGAUGUACUAAAUUCCUAAAUUUUCAACUAUCAAAAAGAAAAUUAUUCAGAAUGCGAUCUACUUAUUUUCUAUUUUAAUUGAUUUAAUGUAUUUUAUUUAAUUAAAAAAAUAUUUGAAUACUUUAAUUAAUAAAUUGGAAUAUGGUUAUUUAACAUGUUAAA